AUGGGCAACUGUUUGAAAAACAACAAAAUAUCAGCACAAGAUCAUGAGAACAUUAAUGAAACCCCAUUAGAGCCUAGUGAAGCAAAAGUUGAUCAGAUAAAGACAUCUCCAUCGUCCAAGUUGGAAGCACCACGACGGGGACAAAGAAUGAAGAAGAAGAUAAGGUUCAAGAUAGAAAAAGAUGAUGAAGGUGACAGAGGAAGUAAUGGUAAUUCUAAAAGUGGGACUGUGAGGAUUAGAAUGGUGAUGACUCAGCAAGAGUUGAAAAGGAUGUUGAGAUGUAAGGAUGAUGCUCAACACACUUCAUUGGAGCAAUUACUUGGUGUUAUGAAGUUGAGAGGAGGAAGAAUUUCUGAGGCUUGUGAAUAUGAUGGGGACAUAAAUUCUUGGAGGCCAGCUUUGGAAAGCAUUCCAGAGAAUAGUUUAAUAGAGUAG